AUGCUCAGCCUGCAGACCAAAACGCCCAGAGACGGCACCCUUGAAUCCUCACAGCAGCAUCCUAUCAAAGAAAAUAUGGCGCAAAAAUCCGAAAAGACCCAACCACCAGCCAUCAAUGCCCCCACCAAAGAGCUCGAAAAGGCAUUGGAGUUACUCAGAGCAAAGGAUGAUACCUCCCGUUUUGUUGGGCUGGCCCUAUUGAAGCCUGUUCUUGAACAGGAACUCAGCCAACAAGGUGGCACAGAAGAGGAGGGCACACGUACAGUGAUAGAACAAUGCUGGCGUGCAGUACCCGUAAAGUUCCUGGAUCGACUCUUGAAAACCAAGCUGGAAAGCAAGAGAACAAGAGAAGAAGUCGGCAGCAUGGUUGGGUUGGCGGUGGCAGUACUACACGCCUUCAUGACGAUUAUGGACGCUCCAGAGAAGGACGACCGGUUUGUUGGCCGAGUGCCACUGCUGAUGUCUGUUUUGCGCUCCACUCCUCCAGAAACUGCCACCCAGAUCAUGGAAAUACUCGCUACGUUGGCAACUACAAGGGAAGGAUCGCAAGCCGUCUUCGGUGCCAGAGACAAAGACGAGAAGACGGACCAGAAGCCAAAGUCCUACAUAUUCGUCACAGUGCUACUGAUCGAUAUUCGCUCCACCAUCCCAUCUCUGCAAGAAAGGCUACAUUCUGCCAAGUACCCUGAUAUCUCAGAGCGUAUAGCUAGAGCCUACGACAUAAUCUCCGCCUUUAUCGGCUUCCUAGUGCAGAGUCUUGAGGCUUUAGACAAUGACGAUGAAGAUGAGGGAUCUGGUACCGGAUUCCCAGCCCCAAUGCCCGGCGACCUCCUCAUGAAGCUUCGAGCGAACAUCUCAGAAGUAAUGUCUCUGACUAUCGAACAUCUCCGCGACCGCUAUGACUCCUCCACGGCGGGCGCGGCUGGCCUGCAUCCCUCCGCUCGCACUCUUGGUGAAGGAUCAGCCAGUCCCCUUCCAAUAGCUUGGGAUACAUCAAGUGGAAUAUCGGAAGACCCGUUAACCCUCUCACAGCUUCGUGCAUUGUCUCUGUGGCUCCGCGAGGAAGAGAACGACGCCCUUCGCCAAGAAGCUUCCGGUAUAAUGGAUGUCUUCCUUGCCCUGUACCAAGAUAUAUCUGGUCAAGACUUCCGCUAUCCUGUCUUGUUAUCUCUCGAAGGCAUUAGCGAAAUCGCCGAAGGCGUCGAAGCUUUUCUCCGCGAAGAAGGCUGGGCCAUCCUCACUGCUGACCUAGAAAACAACAUACUCCCCAUUCCCUCGGAGCACCCACGCGGCAUCGAGAUUAUUCGCGUACUGUUGGCAGUCGUUGAAGCCGAUGUCACUGGCCCCGCGAAGGAGGAAUGGAUGCCUAUUGUCGAAGUAGCUCGCCAAUCCGUCGUACACGCAGCCGACACGACGAACCUUGAGCUGGGUGUAGCGAUCUGUCAGCUCGCGGUAGAGCUCAUGGUCCGGGCACCUCGGGGCAUCAGGAAUCGGAGAAGGAGUGCCGUCGUGGAGUUGCAGAAAUAUGCGGAAGCACUAUUAGCGAAGGUGGAUGGUGCGAGCGGCGGGGUCAGGGAUGGUCUAGAGGAAGUGGUGCAGGGGUUGAACAGUCUGAGCCUCUGA